UAGAUGCCACAGCAAAUUUGAUAGCUCAUACCACAUGAAAUUUUACUGUUUUUGCUGUCAAACUCCCACAUAGGUGUAUUAGACAACAAAUUUGAAUGGAAAUCUGAUGAUAAAUUUUACCAGCCAAUCACGUCUGCUUUGUUCAUAUCAUUAGUUUACGGAUGGCCUACAACGACGAGCGGCAGACGGCGACGGGCAAGGCCGGGGCAGCCGGGAAGUUUCCGCCGCUACGCUCCAUAGUCGAGCCAGCAUCGGACCCUCCCCAUCCCCGUUGCCCCUGCGGACCAAACUCCACCUCCAUUAAACAAAGCCAUGGCGCAUGCCCGCGGCCAGCACAUGGAACAAGUCCGCCUUGUUGUUUACACCCACCAUGUGGCACGCCUCCACGCCGCGCCGGCCGUCCUUGCCGCCUCCAUCUCCUACAUAAUCCGCCUCCACUCCUCUCACUCCCCUUGAUGGCUUCUUCCCCCACCACAACCUGCAUCAACACCUCCAUCGCCAUUGCCGCACUAGCCUGCUGCUAGCUAGCUGCUAGCUCUGUCUGUCUGCGGAAGCUAGAGAGAGGAAGAGAGAGAGAGCGUGAAGGUUUGGGUCGAGAUGGACCGGCUGGUGAUCCCGGAGCCGACGAACGAGGUGGUGGUGCGGGUGGAGCCGGGGAGGGCGGCCAGGGGGGAGCUCACGCUGCGCAACGCCAUGCACACCAUGCCGGUGGCCUUCAGGCUGCAGCCGGCCGUGAGGGGCCGAUUCGCCGUGCGCCCGCACACGGGGAUCCUGGCGCCGCUCGCCGCGGUCACCGUCGAGGUGCUCUACAUGGCCUCCGAGGCGCCCGACGGGCCAGGUGGCGGAGGCAGCCGCGGGGAGGACGCCUUCCUGCUGCACAGCGUCGUGGCGCCCGGCGCCUCGGUGAGGGAGCCCGUCUCCGCGCUCGACUCCGUCAACCCGGAGUGGUUCUCCGCGAGGAAGAAGCAGGUGUUCGUCGACAGCGGCAUCCGGGCGUCCUUCGUGGGCGCCGAGGUCGCCGCGCGCCUCGUCGCCACCGGGGCCGUCGAGGCGCUCAGGGAGGUGCUCGACCGCAGCGACCCCGCGUGGCGCGCCGCCGACGCCGCAGACGAGUCCGGGAGCACGCUGCUCGACCUCGCGGUCGGCCUCGGCCGCGCUGACAUCGUGCAGGUGCUCCUCGAGUACGGCGCCGACGCCGACAAGCCCAGCCGCGGCAGGACACCCCUCGAGAUCGCCGCGGCGUCCGGCGAGUGCCUCAUCGCCGAGCUCCUCCUCGCCAACGGGGCCAAGCACGCCGGCUCCGACGCGCUCCACGUGGCCGCCGCGGCCGGGCACGACGACGUCCUGAAGCUGCUUCUUGGAAAGCCGGCGUCCGCUUCUCCCCGCUCUUCCUCCUCCUCCGCUUCAUUCUCCGGUUCCUUCACGUCCCUGGACGCGGCGGGGAGGGAGGGCAAGACUCCUCUGCGGCUGGCGGCGGAGGGCGGCCGGCGGGACGCGGUGAAGGCGCUCCUCGCGGCCGGCGCGAGGGCCGACGCAAGGUGCGGCACGGACGGCGGCACCGCGCUCCACGCGGCGGCGAGGAGGGGCGACGAGGCCGUGGCCCGCCUGAUCCUGGCGCACGGCGUGGCCGGCACGGCCUCGGUGCGCGACGCGAAAGGGAAGACGGCCUACGAGACGGCCGCCGAGGAGGGCCACACCGGACGGAUCAUGGACUUCCUGGGGCUCGGCGAGGCGAUCCUGGCGGCCGCGCGCAAGGGCGAGGGCCGGGCCGUCCGCCGGGCCGCGGACGGUGGCGCGUCCGUGGAAGGGCGGGACGCGCACGGAUGGACGCCGCUGAUGCGCGCCGCGUUCAAGGGGCAGGCCGACGCGGUGCGCGACCUCAUCGAGCGGGGCGCCGAGAUGGAGGCGUGCGAUUCCGAGGGAUACACGGCGUUGCACUGUGCCGCCGAGGCUGGGCGCACGGACGUGGUGGAUGUCCUCCUCAAGGCUGGGGCCAACGCCAGGGCAGCGACGGUGAAAGGAAGGACCGCUGCGGCCUCUGCGGCGGUCACGGGCAAGGCCAAGGUGGUGCGGUUACUGGAGAAGGUCGGUGGGGUCGGGCGGAAGGGCACCGGCGAGAAGGCGGCGCCGGUGGUGGUCAAGGGCGGGAGCAUGGACAGGCGACGGAGGGGAAGGAAGGGGAGCAGCGGCGCCAUACGUUUCGGUGGCGGGAAGGAAGGGUACGAAGCCGCCACGGUCACCGUCGGGUGGUCGCACUAGUGGUUUUGGUUGAAAAUGAAAUGGUCCUCGAAAGAAAAUGGAUUCACACGUGGACGAUGCAUGGGAAUUUGUGAUUAGUUUUGGGUGAGAUGGUGAUUUCUAAUUUGUUUUCAAGGAAGAGAUGUGUUUUUACCGUGGUACUCUAGUGUAUUGUAUACACUUUGUAUAAAUGGAAUUGUUCAAAGGUUUCAUUGCUCUCGUGUUACAAUAAGAUGAUG